AUGGCAACCUACGGCAAAAUAGACGAAUUCGACAGAGAUUCUGAUUCAUGGGAACAGUAUAUCGAGCGUCUAAACUUCUAUUUUGAAGCAAAUGGAGUAACUACGUCUGACGAUGACUUGAAAAUACGCCGUGCAAUCCUCCUCAGUUCGGUAGGGAAAAAAACCUACAAAUUAAUGUCUGAUCUGCUGGCCCCCGCGAAACCUGGAGAGAAAUCUUAUGCUGACUUGUGCACCUUGGUAAAGAGCCAUUUCAACCCAAAACCGAGUGAAAGCGUGCAACGGCACAAGUUCAAUAACCGUUUCAGAUUGAGCGGGGAGAACGUGUCUGACUUUGUAGCGGCUCUACGAAACAUGGCAGAAUACUGCAAUUUUGGUGGCAGUCUGGAAAAUAUGCUGCGUGAUCGUCUGGUGUCUGGAAUUAACAAUGAAAGAAUCCAAAGGCGUUUGCUAUCAGAAGAGAACUUAACUUUCAAAAAAGCUUACGACAUUGCUUCGUCUAUGGAAACGACCGCACAGCACAUGGCCGAUCUUCAAUCUGCUCCUUCUACGUUAAGUUCAACGUCUGCAUCUGUAAAAAAGGUCAGUUCUUCGCCCUUACCGCGUUCUAAAAGCGAAAAUAAAGAGUGUUAUCGUUGUGGAAAAAAUCACCACCCGUCAAAAUGUCGUUUCAAGGAGGCCACGUGCCAUUAUUGUAAAAAGAAAGGACAUAUUGUUGCCAAAUGUCUCAAAAAAGCAAAAAAGUCGUCCGAGACAACCAAGCCAAAUUCAAACCACCAUCCAAAACAAGGGAAACCAGCAAUUCAUGUCCUGGAUACUGAUAAAGAAAUAGAAGAUGAAGAUAUAUAUCCAUUGUUUGCUGUCAGUCAAGGCAACCGCCAAAAUCCGUAUUUAGUAGAUGUUGAAUUAAAUGGUCUUAAAGUUCAAAUGGAACUGGACACUGGUGCAUCACUUUCAGUAAUCGGAGAGGACAUUUUUGAUCAAUUGAAGAACAUUGAGGGUUCAUCUCUCAAUCUGCAAGAUACCAAGCUAACCUUGAAAACAUACACCGGGGAGACAAUUCCAGUUUUAGGAAAGCUUGUAGUGGAAGUCAAGUACAAGGACUUCUUUGAACACUUGCCAGUUAUAGUUGUACAAGGCAAGGUGCCCAGUCUCUUUGGACGAGAUUGUUUACAACAUGUUAAGUUGUCAUGGCCAGAGAUUUUCCUAGUUCAAGUUGUAUCCCCUGAUGUGUCUGACCUGCUAAAGAAACAUGAAAAUUUAUUCAAGGAAGGACUAGGGACAAUUCAAGGAGUGAAAGCAAAGAUAUACGUUGAUCCUCAAGCCAAACCCAAGUACUUCAAACCUCGCACGUUAGAAUAUGCACGACGUCAGAAGGUAGAGAGAGAAUUGGACCGUUUGUUAGAAGAAGGAACAAUUCGUCCAGUUCAAUUUUCGGAAUGGGCAACACCCAUUGUGCCCAUUGUCAAAUCUGAUGAGUCUAUACGCAUUUGUGGAGACUUCAAAGUUACUUUGAACCAAGUUAGCAAACUUGACAAUUACCCAAUUCCUAAAACAGAGGAUCUGCUAGCUCAACUUGGAGGUGGAGUGCAGUUUACAAAACUAGAUCUGAGUCAAGCUUAUCAACAACUUGAGUUAGAUGAAGAAUCAAAGAAGUACACCACUAUCACCACUCAUAAAGGCCUAUUUGAGUACAAUAGACUGUGCUACGGCAUUGCCUCAGCCCCUGGGAUUUUCCAACGCACAAUGGAAAAUUUACUGCAGGGUAUUCCGAAUGUUGUAGUACGAAUAGAUGAUAUUCUCAUUGCCGGGAAGACAUCAGCAGAUCAUCUCAAAAGUCUAACAGAAGUCCUGUCACGUCUGGACAAAGCUGGCGUCCGUCUUAAACGUUCGAAGUGCAUUUUUCAAGCACCUGAAGUCACUUACCUGGGACACCGCAUAGACAAAGAUGGUAUCCACCCCCUUGACGAGAAAAUCAAAGCAAUUCAAGAGUCACCGAGACCUAAUCUGAAAGAACUGCAAGCCUUUUUAGGCAUGCUUAACUAUUACGCUUGUUACAUACCUAACAUCACUACAAUACUAUCUCCUUUACAUCAGCUGUUAGUCAAAGACACACCUUGGAACUGGAGUGAAGCACAUGAAAAAUCUUGGAACCAAGCCAAGUCCACACUUCACUCUUCACAACUUCUAGUGCAUUACAGCUUGGAAAGAGAGUUAACCCUUGCUUGUGACGCAUCACCAUAUGGUCUUGGUUGUGUUAUUUCACAUGUGAUGGAUGAUGGGACUGAACGUCCUAUUUCAUAUGCCUCACGUACUCUGUCCCCAGCCGAAAAGAACUAUUCACAGCUCGACAAAGAGGCAGCAGCCAUCAUGUUCGGGGUGAGGAAGUUCCACUCAUACUUAUAUGGACGGAGUUUUACCAUCUACACUGAUCACAAACCCCUGCUGGGUCUGCUACAGUCAACUAAACAAAUACCGACCUCAGCCUCACCACGCAUAUUGAGGUGGGCGGUAUUCCUGUCAGGCUACUCAUACACUUUAGUAUAUCGAGAAGGCCAGAAAAAUGGUAAUGCCGAUGGCCUGAGCCGGCUGCCAUUGCCAAAUGAAACCAGAAAUGUUCCAGUGCCUGGCGACAUUAUGUUUGUAAUGAAUCAUCUGGAAGUCAACACACCCGUUAAAGUCAAGGACAUUGAGCGUUGGACCUCAAAAGAUCCUAUUCUUAGUGCAGUACGACACCAAGUAAUGUCCGGUUGGCCCAAUUCAAAUGAUCGCAUUGAGUUCAAGCCCUACUCUUAUAGAAAGCACCAACUUAGCUGUCAGGAUGGCUGUCUACUCUGGGACUCUCGCGUAGUCAUUCCUCCUCAAGGAAGAGUCAAGCUUCUCCAGGAACUACAUGAUGGACAUCCUGGAAUGGUUCGCAUGAAAAUGUUAGCCCGAAGCUAUUUCUGGUGGCCUGGCCUGGACGCGGAUAUUGAGCAAAAGGUGAAAGAUUGCACAAGCUGCCAAAGUAAUGCUAAGGCACCUUCUACUGCACCCCUACAUCCGUGGGAGUGGCCGUCUAGACCUUGGUCUCGCAUACAUAUUGACUAUGCAGGACCUUUCGAAGGACACAUGUUCCUGGUGAUCGGUGAUGCCUAUAGUAAGUGGAUUGAGGUAUUCAAGACAAACUCCAGUACUGCUGCAGUAACCAUCCAGAAGUUAAGAGAAUGCUUCUCAGUACAUGGACUGCCUGAUAUCAUUGUAUCUGAUAAUGCAACUGCCUUCAUAGGUGAAGAAUUUGCCCUUUUUAUGUCUGAGAAUGGCAUAAAACACAUCACUUCAGCACCUAAACACCCAGCAUCCAAUGGAUUUGCUGAAAGAUAUGUUCGCACUUUCAAGGAAACAAUGAAGAAGAUGGGAGGGGAAAAGGAAAACUUAGACACGAAGUUAAGCAGAUUUCUACUAAGCUAUCGUACCACACCUCAUGCAACCACUGGUAAAACACCUAGUGAGCUAUUAAUGAACCGGAAGCUGAAGACGCGCUUGGACCUGGUAAACCCCCUUAGUCAGGACACAAUUCGCACUCGUGUAGAAGAUAAACAGCUCGCACAGAAGAAACAACACGACAAUCUAGUGCCACUCAGAGAAUUUCAAGUGAAUGACCCAGUAUUUGUCAAGAAUUUUUCAUAUGGUCCAAAGUGGUUAUGUGGAACAAUUAUUCAACAGUCAGGACCGGUUUCGUAUGUCGUUCAACUCAGUUCAGGUGGAGUGUUUCGACGACAUGUUGACCAUCUUCGCCUGAGGACAAGCACACCCACAGUCGCCAAUGAUCUUCAGAGUUCAACAGAAUUGGCCCAAGUUCCAAUGCAAACAACUGUACCCAAGCAGAUUCCAGAGGAAUUUAAGGAACCUGAGAUCACAGUUCCAGAACCUUCAUUGGAACCGAAGAAGACAGAGCUUCCAGCUUCUGAACCUGCAAGUACUCUGCGAAGAAGUACUCGACUCAAAACCACACCUACUCACCUCAAAGACUAUGUUUUUCUCAAAUACAUUACACUUCUCAUUGAAUGCGUUUACGAAGGGAAAUCCACGAAAAGAAAGAGAGUUCAUACGAGCUACCGAGACAUUGCACAAGCUGCCUGGCUGCCGGCUGGAGGGACAGUGAGCAUACUCUUGAUCAUUAACUGGUUGAAUUUGAUGACAGGGUACCUUGUGGUCGCAAGCUCGUUGCUAGUAGAUGUGGAAAUCCCGGGUUUGAUUUUAACCCAAUCGUCCUGGGCUGCCCUUGCUGGCGUGUGCGUGUUUCCCGCCCUGUUCUGCAAAUCUCUCAAAUCAAUGGCCUGGGUGAGCUGCAUAAGCAAUAUAACCCUGAUAAUUUCUUUCAUUGCUGUUUUAAUAAGCGAAUUAAGUAACUACGCUACAUGGGAUUUCAGAACAUUGUUUUUCUGGGACACACGCGGAGUCUUGUUCUCCAUCAACAUCAUUGUCUUUUCCUACAGCAUCCAGGCGGUCGUGAUCGACAUUGAAGAAAGCAUGACUCACAGGUCCCGAUUUAAUUGGGUAUUGACGAUGACAUACUCCGCUUCUUGCGUGGUAAAAACGUUGUUUGCAGUGUUCGGAUUUCUCUCGUUCAAGAAGAACACAAAUCAAGUUGUGAUUCUCAAUAUCCCUCACGGUAUACCGCGCAUCGUUGGUAUAAUCGCGUUCGUGAUUAGCGUUCUCUCGACUUACCCAGUACCGGCACAUAUGCUUAUCAACACCUUGCAGAGUGGAAGACUUGGGGAGUUGGCUAAUGCUUCCGAUAUCACCUCUAGACUUUUCCCAUUUUUCGCCCGUUCUGUGCUAGUGAUUUCUACUGUGAUCGCGGCUAUUUGUAUUCCACACUACGCGCUUUUGACAUCUCUGAGCGGUAGUAUCGUCAGCUACGCAAUUUGUCUGUUCUUCCCGCCAGUGUUACAUCUCGGAUUAAAACUCGAUCAGGGAAUGCCGAGGUGGCAGAUGUUUGCGGAUAUAUUUUGCAUUAUGUUCGCCAUCGUAGGGUCUAGUCUGGGCUGCUUCGCGGCUAUAGAAACAAUUAUCCUUACUUUGUUUUAAAAAUCAAUGCUAAUCUGGGACAUAAAGGUGAUGGGUUGGUCAAAGAACACGUUCUUUUGGUAUACCUUAAAACACGGUCGAUAUUUCUAGCUUUUUUUUAUUAAGGAAGCAUUAAUGUAAUAAAAUGUCCUUUCAUUU